AUGCGUUGUCACUAUGAAGUACUCAGCGUGUCAAGAAGCGCUACUGAUGACGAGAUUAAGCGGUCGUAUCGUCGUCUGGCUCUAGAGUGGCACCCUGACAAGAAUCCCGACAGUCAAGAGGAAUGUCAUCACGUUUUCUCUCAGAUACAGCAGGCCUAUGACAUUCUUAGCGAUCCUCACGAGCGAGCAUGGUAUGACAAAUAUCGAGAAGUUAUAUUGCGUGGGCGUGGUGAUGAUUAUGAUGAUGACACUAUAGAUCUCAUGCCGUACUUCCAGCCAUCGGUUUACUCAGGGUACACGGAUGAUGAGAAAGGGUUUUAUGCUGUAUUUCAAAAAGUUUUCAAAACGAUUUCUGAAGAAGACACGAGAGAUGUUGAUUUGCAAUCUCAAGAAGAGAAGAUUCCUGAAUUUGGAAACUCAACCAGUUCAUAUGAUGAUGUAGUCCAUUUGUUUUACGGCUACUGGCAGAGCUACUGUACAAAACUCUCGUUUCUUUGGAAAGACACGUUUGAUGUUCGUGAGGCACCAGACCGAUACACAGCCAGGAAGAUGGAGAAAGAAAACAAGAAAGUUCGAGAUGCAUCCAAGAAGGAGAGAAAUGAAGUAGUCCGUCGAUUGGUGGCUUUUGUUAGAAAGAGAGAUCCCAGGGUGAAGGCCAGGCAACAGCAGUUGAAAGAGAGGCAGGAGGAGAUUGCAAAGAAGACGGCAGAUGAGAGACGGAGACAAAGAGAGGAGAGACUGAAAGAGAUGGCAGAACCCUACAAAGAACAAGAAUGGAUGAGCGGUGUGGAAGACGGUCUCCGUGCCGUCGAGCACCAUCUCAAACAAGAAUUCUCAGACGACUCCAGCGACAACACCAACUCAGAUGACCCCACAAACCCUAACGGAUCUCUAAACAUAGAUGGAGACAUCGAGGAAAUCCUCGACGAUUUGUACUGCAUUGCAUGCAGCAAGUCAUUCCGAUCUUCAAAGGCAAUGGACAAUCACAAAAAAUCAAAGAAACACAGAGAGAGCGUGACCAUAUUGACACAACAGCUCGCAGAAGAGGACAGUCACAUUGACAAUUACUUCACACUUUGUGAGGACAAAGACGACGCAAUCGAACAGGAUCGUACAACCAACGUACGGUCUAGAAAACCAAAGAAAAAGAAACGCCGGACAAAGGACGCAGUUCCCACGGAGACAGAUGAAGCUUUGCCUUCCCUGGAUUCACUCACAUUAAGGGAUGCUAUCCCCGAGGACCAGCUGCAGGCAUGCAGGGAUAGUGCACCGAAUGCUGCAGCGUCAGAGUGCGAGAGUGUUGGGUGUACUUUGUAUUGCAAUACUUGCGGCAACGGCUAUCCGUCGCGCAAUAAACUGUUCCAGCAUCUGAAAGAGACGAAGCAUGCGUUGCAAGUCGAGGGAGGCGCGACCGCACAAGGCGGCAAGAAAAAGAAAAAGGCGGGACGAAAAUUGAAAUGAUAGGUUUUUGAGAAUUAGUUGAUAUUAAUAAAAUAUAUAAAUGAAAUAUUGGCGAGA